AUGAUAUCGAAGGGCUUAACCAGGGCAUCUCGUUUUGGCGGACGAGCUUCACUCCGAUUACAACCAUGCCUUAGACCUCGAGCCGGUCUCCGGGUGUUCACCAACACAAGCCGAUGCGCCCAAGUCGACUCCAAACGAACUACAGCCCAAAACCAAAUCCCUAGGCCACCGAAACCAUUGAACAAUGAAUCAAGCAAGGCGGAAGCUGUGGCCAAACCUGCGCCCACUGGGUCUGCAACUGCACGGAAAGACCCUUUGGCUCUCCCGGACAAGACGACCCAAGAGCAGCGGAAGGCGGAUUGGGCGAUUAUGAAAGAAAUGGCAAAGUAUCUUUGGCCAAAAGAUAAUAUGGGGACUAGAUUUCGAGUUGGGCUUUCAGUUGCUCUUUUAAUAGGGGCCAAAGUUCUCAAUGUGCAGGUUCCCUUUUACUUUAAGAGCAUUGUGGACUCGAUGAACAUCGAUUUUGUCGCAGUUGGCGGUACUGCUACUACGGUAGCUGGUUCGAUGAUUUUGGCAUAUGGGCUUUCCAGGAUUGGUGCUACCUUCUUCCAGGAACUCAGAAAUGCCGUAUUCGCAAGCGUUGCUCAGAAGACUAUUCGACGAGUGGCCUGCAACGUCUUUGAUCACUUGCUACGAUUGGACCUGAAGUUUCAUCUCACCAAGCAGACGGGUGGACUGACGAGAGCUAUUGAUCGCGGAACCAAGGGCAUCAGCUUCCUGCUCACGUCCAUGGUCUUUCAUAUCCUACCGACGGCAUUGGAGAUAUCCAUGGUUUGCGGUAUUUUGACCUAUCAGUAUGGUGCCAAAUUUGCUGCAAUCACAGCAUUGACUAUGAUGACAUAUACGGCAUUCACAAUUUGGACAACGGCUUGGAGGACCAAAUUUCGAAGACAAGCCAAUGCGGCUGACAACAAAGGGUCCACAGUUGCGGUUGAUUCGUUAAUCAAUUAUGAAGCAGUGAAAUACUUCAAUAACGAGAAGUACGAGGUCGGUAGGUAUGAUAAAACACUACAACAAUACGAAAAGGCCUCCAUCAAAGUUGCAACUUCCCUGGCAUUUCUGAAUUCUGGUCAGAAUCUGAUCUUCUCGAGCGCUUUAACAGCCAUGAUGUAUCUGGCAGCUGACGGUCUGGCGUCUGGCAAUUUGACCGUUGGUGACCUUGUUAUGGUUAAUCAGCUUGUGUUCCAGCUGUCAGUGCCCUUGAACUUCCUAGGGUCUGUGUAUCGAGAACUUCGACAGUCCCUAUUGGAUAUGGAGACGCUCUUUAACCUCCAGAAGGUCAAUAUUGCAAUCAAAGAUUCUCCAAACGCGAAGCCUUUACAGCUCACCCAAGGCGGCAAGAUCACAUUUGAGAAUGUGACUUUUGGUUACCACCCAGACCGUCCCAUCUUAAAGAAUCUCAACUUGACCAUACCUGCUGGAAAGAAGAUUGCUGUUGUAGGACCUAGUGGGUGCGGCAAAUCUACAAUCCUGCGCCUCUUGUUCCGCUUCUAUGAUGUUCAGGAGGGCCGGAUUCUCAUUGAUGAUCAAGAUAUCCGAGAAGUUACUUUGGAAUCGUUGAGAAAAGCCAUUGGCGUUGUUCCCCAGGAUACACCACUGUUUAACGAUACUAUCGAGCACAAUAUCCGCUAUGGCGACAUGAGUGCCUCCCCUGAACAGGUUCUCGCAGCUGCGCAACGGGCGAAGAUCCAUGACAUCGUCUCCACGCUUCCAGAUGGUUAUAAGACCAUGGUCGGAGAGAGAGGAAUGAUGAUAUCGGGUGGAGAAAAGCAACGGCUUGCUGUCUCGAGACUGAUCUUGAAGGACCCCCCUCUACUUUUCUUUGACGAGGCUACUUCCGCUUUAGAUACGCAUACGGAGCAGGCGCUCAUGGCAAAUAUCAACAGCAUCCUAAAGGAGAAGGCCAGGACCAGCGUAUUCGUUGCACACCGGCUGAGGACGAUUUACGACAGCGACAAGAUUAUUGUGCUAAAGGAAGGUCAAGUCGCCGAGAGCGGCACGCAUCGGGAGUUGAUUGACACUGGCGGCGUCUACUCGGAGCUGUGGAGUGCCCAAGAGACAUUGUUCGACGUAGAAGGCGAAGAGCGCCAGGUCAACAUUGGGGGCCUCAAUAUAGAAGAAGAGAGACAGGACCGGCCAUCGACACGGUAG